AUGGCGUCUCGCUGCCUCGCCGCGCCCAUGCGGCUUGCCGCCCGACUGCAGGCCGCCCCGACUGCGACAUCGCUCGCCUCCCAGCGCUGGAGCUCCUCCAGCUCGACCUCGGCUCUCGCCUACAAGGCCAUCCGCCGUCGCUCCUCCCCCCUUCCCGUCGACCAGACGCCCGCCUGGUCCGCCCAGGCUGCCGUCUCCAACAUCCUCUACGAGACGCCCACCCCGUCGAUGGCCCCGCCCAAGCGUCACAUCCUCAACUGUCUCGUCCAGAACGAGCCUGGUGUCCUGUCCCGCGUCUCCGGUAUUCUCGCCGCCCGCGGCUUCAACAUUGACUCGCUCGUCGUCUGUAGCACCGAGGUUGAGGACCUGUCGCGCAUGACCAUUGUCCUGACCGGCCAGGACGGCGUCGUUGAGCAGGCGCGCCGCCAGCUGGAGGACCUUGUCCCCGUCUGGGCCGUGCUCGACUAUACCAACGCCGCUCUCGUCCAGAGGGAGCUGGUGCUUGCCAAGAUCAACAUUCUCGGCCCCGAGUACUUCGAGGAGCUCCUCGCCCACCACCGCGAGAUGACCGCCGGCGACUCCGAGUACGAGGACGGCCACGACGUCUCCCUCGAGCAGACCGCCAAGGACUUCCACCCCAGCAAGCUGGCCCUCAGCGAGGCCCUUCGCCACAAGCACGAGCACCUGAAGACCAUUACCUACUUCACCCACCAGUUCGGCGGCAAGGUUCUUGAUAUCAGCACCAACAGCUGCAUUGUCGAAGUUUCCGCGAAACAAUCCAGGAUUGACUCCUUCCUCAAGCUUGUCGGCCCCUUUGGUAUCCUCGAGUCGGCCCGCACCGGUCUUAUGGCCCUGCCCCGUUCCCCUCUGCAGAACAGCCAAGACGACGCUCUUAUCAAGGAGGCGGACGAGGUUGUCGAUGCCAGCCAGCUGCCCCCCGGUUAA